AUGCUACUUGGGUUUGGAAAGAAAAGAAAGGGGAGGGAAAUGGAGGUUUAUUUCCCUCGUUUGGAUACCAAUAGGGGAAGGGAGGGAUUUGGAAAGAGGAACCUCUUCACAUUUUUAACAACACAAAUCCUUUCAAACAUAGUAAUGUUUGAUAUUGUAUCAUUGACGGUGGAUGGUGGGGUUUUUUCUAUAACACAAACUCAGCAAAAUCUCCUUUCGAAAAACAUCAUCCAUGGACAGAGAACUCAGUGUAUUCCCACAAGAAUUUCAUCAUCUUCGACAAAAGAUGUAUGGACUAGGGCACCAUCCCAAGCUUCAUCUUCUUCAUCGUCUACUUCUUUUUCACAGCAACUUUCUCGAACAUAUUGCCAAAAUAACACUCAAAGAAACAAUUUCUUAGACCACUACAUAGACAUGGAGGAUUUGCUGAAAUCCAUUGCCCAAACUGCAAGUGAGGAAGAGUUGUUUGCUUUAUUGUCACCUUAUAAAGGCAGGCAACUAUCUGUUAGGUUUAUGGUAUCUCUUCUUUCCCGUGAAUCAAAUUGGCAAAGGUCGAUUGCUUUGCUUGAUUGGAUAAAUGAAAUUGCUUUAUAUACCCCAUCAGUGUUUGUUUACAAUGUUGUCAUCCGUAAUGUGCUUCGAGCAAAGCAGUGGGUAGUUGCACAUGGUCUGUUUGACGAAAUGCGGCAAAGAGCUUUAGCCCCUGAUAGGUAUACUUACUCGAUGCUUAUAACCCAUUUUGGAAAAGAGAGCUUGCUUGAUUCAGCACUUUCUUGGCUUCAGAAGAUGGAGCAAGACCGUGUGUCGGGUGAUCUUGUUUUGUACAGUAAUUUGAUUGAGUUGUCUCGUAAGUUAUGUGAUUAUUCUAAAGCAAUUUCUCUGUUUUCAAGGUUGAAGAGGUCUGGUAUUAAGCCUGACCUUGUGCCUUAUAAUACUAUGAUUAAUGUGUUUGGGAAAGCUAAGCUAUUUUGUGAGGCUCAAGAUCUGUUGAAAGAGAUGAGAGAAAAUGGAGUCAAGCCUGAUACAGUUAGUCAUUCAACACUUUUGAAUAUGUAUGUAGAGAAUCAUAAGUUUGUUGAGGCAUUAUCUGUGUUUUCUGACAUGACUGAUGUAAAUUGUGUUCUUGAUCUCACUACCUACAACAUUAUGAUAGAUGUUUAUGGACAGCUUGACAUGGCCAUGGAAGCUGAUCAGCUUUUUUGGACCAUGAGGAAAAGGGGCAUUGAGCCUAAUGUUGUUAGUUAUAAUACUCUUUUGAGGGUAUAUGGAGAAGCCGAGCUUUUUGGCAAAGCUAUACAUCUUUUUCGGUUGAUGCAAAAAAAGGAUAUCGAACAGAAUGUUGUAACGUACAAUACCAUGAUGAAAAUAUAUGGGAAAUCCCUUGAACAUGAAAAGGCCGAAAAUUUGGUGCAAGAGAUGCAGAAAAAGGGGAUUCAUCCUAAUGCAAUUACAUACUCAACAAUAAUUUCUAUAUGGUGUAGGGCUGGGAAACUGGAUCGUGCUGCCAAGUUGUUUCAAAAGCUUAGAAGUUCUGCUUUAGAGAUUGAUCGGGUUCUUUAUCAGACUAUGAUAGUGGCUUAUGAGAGAGCGGGAUUAGUUGCUCAUGCAAAACGGCUGCUUCAUGAGCUUAAGUGCCCAGACAAUAUCCCCCGAGAUACUGCAAUUGCCAUUCUUUGUCGAGCUGGAAGGAUAGAAGAGGCUACAUGGGUCUUUCGACAGGCAUUUGACGCCAGAGAAGUGAAGGAUAUUUCUGUAUUUGAGUGUAUGAUUGAACUUUACUCAAGAAAUAGGAAAUAUAUGAAUGUCAUAGAGGUGUUUGAGAAGAUGCGAGAGGCGGGAUAUUUCCCCAAUGCCAAUGUCAUUGCUCUUGCCUUAAAUGCUUAUGGAAAAGUCAAAGAGUUUGAAAAGGCUGAUUCAGUAUAUUGGGAAAUGCAAGAAGCAGGUUGUAUAUUCCCAAAUGAAGUUCAUUUCCAGAUGUUGAGUCUGUAUGGCGCAAGAGGCGACUUGAAGACUGUGGAAUCAUUUUUUGAGAUGCUGGAUACCGAUCCCAAUGUAAACAAAAAGGAAUUAUAUCUUGUUGUUUCUAACAUACAUGAAUCAGCAAAAAGGCUCAAUGGUGUUGCAAGAGUAGAUGACAUGAUGGCAAAUGAUGGUACACUAAGAUCUUGA